AUGCCACUUGCUGCGCGAUCACUCACUCGUCUCAUCAAUUCAACAGUUCGAACAAAUCAUUUAGUUGGUUUACAAUCGAAAUGCUUUUCUUCGACACAAGCAACCGAUCUAAAAGAAGUUUUACGGGAUCUUAUUCCAAAAGAACAAAAACGCGUGGCUGAAUUCAAAGCUAAACACAAAGAUACACCAAUCGGACAAGUCACCGUCGAUAUGAUCUAUGGUGGUAUGCGUGGUAUCAAAGGUCUUGUUUACGAAACAUCAGUCUUAGAUGCAAACGAAGGUAUUCGCUUUCGCGGCAAAACAAUCCCAGAAUGUCAAGCUGAAUUACCAAAGGCCAAGGGUGGCGAAGAACCAUUGCCCGAAGGUCUCUUCUGGCUUUUAGUUACAUCACAAGUACCAACUCAACAGCAAGUCGAAUGGGUAACGCGUGAAUGGAAUAAUCGCGCUGAUAUUCCUCAACAUGUUGUGACCAUGUUGAACAAUUUCCCAGCACAACUGCAUCCUAUGACACAAUUUAGUGCUGCUAUCAACGUACUUAAUUUGGGUUCCAAAUUUGCCAAAGCUUACUCAGAAAACGUACCGAAAGCUAAAUAUUGGGAGUAUAUCUACGAAGAUUCAAUGGAUUUAAUUGCCAAAUUGCCAACAAUUGCUGCAAUUAUCUAUCGAAAUCUUUACCGUGACGGAACAGCUGUUGGUGCUAUCGAUUCGAAAAAAGAUUGGUCAUGGAACUUCGCAACUAUGUUAGGCUAUGAUAACAAGCAAUUCGUUGAAUUACUUCGACUCUACUUAACUAUUCAUAGUGACCAUGAAGGUGGCAACGUUAGCGCACAUACGAGUCAUUUAGUUGGCAGCGCCCUCUCCGAUCCAUACUUGUCAGUUGCCGCUGCUAUGAAUGGCCUUGCCGGUCCACUUCAUGGCCUUGCCAAUCAAGAAGUAUUGAUUUGGAUCACUAAACUAGUAGAGAAGAUCGGUGAAACACCUUCAGACGAACAAAUCACCAAAUAUGUUCAUGAUACAUUGAAAACAAGUGUCGUGCCCGGUUUCGGACAUGCUGUCUUACGUAAAACAGAUCCACGUUACACAUGUCAACGAGACUUUGCACUCAAACAUUUACCCAACGACAAUAUGUUCAAGAUUGUUUCACAACUUUAUACAGUUGUACCAAAAGUUCUUGGCGAACUUGGUAAAGUUAAGAAUCCUUGGCCAAAUGUUGAUGCACACUCUGGUGUACUCCUUCAACACUACGGAAUGAAGGAGAUGAAUUACUACACUGUUUUAUUCGGUGUUUCACGUGCACUCGGCGUUCUCGCCCAAAUGAUCUGGUCACGAGCAUUAGGAUUUCCUUUAGAACGUCCAAAAUCAUUAUCCACUGAUGGCCUCAUGGCUUUGGUUGCUAGUCAACAGAAAGCAGCUACAAAGGCCGCUUAA